AGACGAAAAUUAUUUAUGGUAUAACGUAAAAUUAAUGUGACUUUUUAGCUUGAAAUUUAUACAUUAAAUUAAUUUGUAUGGAAUACCAUGUCCGAGCGUUUAUUACUUGCGCGCCUGGGGAAAUACAAAGGAGCGGAUAAAAAACUUUCACGAUUUUCUACCUUGAAGAAGAAUUGCGUAACGAGUGCAGUUUCCUGCCGAUAUUGCCGUGUUUCCCACAUCCAAUAUCCUACAGAUAAUAAAAGAAUUCACGCCAUAAUUUUAUCAAACGAUUUCGUAAUUGGAAAUAUAACGACCUAAUAUAUAUAAUAUACAUAGACAUAAUAUAUCUCGGACAAUUUAGUGGCUCUAUUGGACCGUGCGACAGCUGAAAUUAAUUUUAGCCAAUACGGCGUCAAAGUAAUUUAUCAAAACUUUAUUUUUUUAUCACAACUAUCAUACUUUACAGGCGUGUUUGAACGAUCGCAUUAUAGUCGACAUGGAGAAUGCUGCUACAGGAAUGGAAGUCACGAUACAUUGGCAUGGAAUUUUCCAAAACGGUUUUCAAUAUUACGAUAGUGUUCCUUAUGUCACACAAUUUCCGAUUGCAUCUUCUUCGACAUUUAGAGUAUAUCAUCCUUCAUUUUUGUGUAUUCUAUUGUACUAUUCUAUUAUAUUCUACUCUCGCAACGUAGUUCUGGCCAAACAAUAUACAAGGAAAACGUACAGAACGAUUACACCGAACCUUGCACAUGUCCUGACGUUAUCAAUGCAACAUUGAAUAAUAUCGUGGAGCUAGUAAUAUACGACGAAGGUAUCUAAUAUUUGUCUUUAGUACAAGAUAAAAGAAUGUUGACCUAUUUAAUAGACUAAUUUUGUUUCGUUACGAAAAAAAUAUUGCAAAUUUGAUAACGUUAAAUAACAAAUUAUAUUAGUGCUCCUGCCUGGCCUAUAUCAUCCGUUCCACUUGCCGGUUAUGAAUUUAGAGUAUUUAGUAUGGAGGAUUUUGAUGGUAGAAAUAUUUCGAGAUCAGAUAUAGAAGGAGUAAUAGACUAACACACGCAACAUCUUAAAAAUGGGGAAUAUGCAAAUCCACCAGGUAAAAACACUAUUAAACUGAUAAAUGGAGGAUACGUAAUUGUACGUUUCAAGGCGAAUAAUCGUGGUAAAAUAUUUAAUUACUUCCAAAAUAGCAUUUUCUCCAUAUAGCUGUUCUUCUUUUUCGAAAAAAUUAGACUUUCUUUCUCUUCUUCUUCUAAAUGUCUAAAAUCAUUUAUCGUAAAUAUUUCAUUGAUGCUAAUUAAAUUCAUUUGAAUCACAUCUACAACAUUAUGAAUUUAUUAAAAUACUUCGCAUGAAGAUAAAAAUACUAUUUUAUAGGAUGGUGGUUACUUCAUUGCCACUUUACUUGGCAACACA